GACAGGAAUCCCCACCCCGGUGCAGCCCGCGCCCGCCGAGCCAGCAGCCGGAGCCGUCCGUGCGGCCGGCCGCGCCGUGCAUGCGCCCCGCGCCCCGCGCGCCCCGCCUGGGCCGCCGCCGCCGGGGGGCCCCGCGCCGCCGCGCAGCGCAUGGAGCCCGGCGGGGACCACCGGAGCCGCAGCAGCGGCGGCCCGGGGCCAGCAGUGGCCUCGGCGCGGGGCCGACGGCUGCCGCCCGCUGGAUCGAGCGGCGGCGGCGGCGGCAGCAGUGGCGGCGGCGGCACCGACCCGGAGGAGGAGAACGACGGCGGGCCAGAUCUGCAGCUGGAAGGGGGUGCCUUGGGGUCCUGGGGGAGCGCCCCCCUGCCUUCCUCUAGGGCCAGGGGCCCCGCCUCUUCUGGCAGGAAAUACUCAGACCACUGCGAGGCCCGGGCCUCGAGGCCGGGGAAGAGCCGCAUCCCGGGCCGUGACCACCGGCGCUACUACCACGACCACUGGCGGCUGGAGUACCUGAUGGACUUCAACCCCGCGCGGCACGGCAUGCUGUGCAUGGUGUGUGGCAGCUCCCUGGCCACGCUCAAGCUCAGCACCAUCAAGCGCCACAUCCGCCAGAAGCACCCCUACUCCCUGCACUGGAGCCCCCGCGAGAAGGAAGUUAUCAGCAACAGCUGGGACGCCCACCUGGGGCUGGGGGCCUGCAGCGAGGCCGAGGGCCUGGGGGCGCAGGGACCAGAGGAGGAGGAGGAGGAGGAAGAGGAGGAGGAGGAGGAGGGGUCCAGCCUCCAAGCUUGUCCACCCAAGGGCCCAGGCAAAGCCCCUGCUGCUGGGGGCGGCCAGCGCCCAGGGGCAGUGCGGCGCUCCCCGAGGGCCAGGGCCAGCAGGGGGCUGGGGGCGCCGCGCCUGGAGUGGAGGCUGAAGGAGUCCCUGCAGAGCUGGUUCCGGGCUGAGUGUCUCAUGGACUAUGACCCGCGGGGGAACAGGCUGGUGUGCAUGGCCUGUGGCCGGGCGCUGCCCAGUCUGCACCUGGAGGACAUCCGAGCCCACGUGCUGGAGGCCCACCCCAGCUCCCUGGGGCGCAGCAGUCCCCAGCGCAGCGGCCUGCUGCAGGCCUGGGGUGGCCAGCCCACCGAACUGGCGGAGCUCGUCCAGCCCCCACCAGAUGACCUCGCCCCCCAGGACCUGACCAGAAAGAGCCGGCACUCGGCCCCCGCUGCUGGAGCCCCCUCCUCUCAGAAUCUCAGCCCCUCAGAUGUAAAGGAAGAGGCUGGCUGGGCCCCUGAGAGGUCCGGGCCGGCUGAGGAGGCUCGGGAGCUGGAGGCGCAGGAGGAGGAGGAGGAGGGCCAGGGGGCGGGAGGCCGCCGCUACAAGGAGCGCUGGCGGCUGGAGUACCUCCUGGAGCUGGACGGCGGCCGGCGCGGCCUCGUGUGCCUGGCGUGCGGGGGCGCGCUGGCCUCGCUCAAGAUGAGCACGAUCCAGCGGCACAUCCGCCGGCGCCACCCGGCCUCGGCGCGCCUCGGCGGGCCCGCGCAGGCCCUCGUCGCCCGGGAGUGCAGCAGCAAGGCCGCCCGCCAGCCGGCCCCGGGGCUGCCCUGCCCCGAGCCUCCCCGCCGCCGCCGCCCCGCCGCCCCCGGCGCAGCCGCAGCCUCCGAGCAGGGGGGAGGGCCAGAGGAGGAGUGGUGGGGCGACGGCCGGCUUUCCCCUGGCGCUGCGUUCGAGCGGCCUGCUGAGGAAGAGGAGGAUGAAGAGGAUGGCCAGGAGCCCGGGGGACUGGCUUUCCCGCCCCUGCCGCCGCCCCCGCCGCCUCCGCCGCCCCCGCCGCCCCGCAGCCGGGAGCAGCGGCGGAACUACCAGCCGCGCUGGCGGGGCGAGUACCUGAUGGACUACGACGGCAGCCGGCGCGGCCUGGUGUGCAUGGUGUGCGGGGGCGCGCUGGCCACGCUCAAGGUGAGCACCAUCAAGCGGCACAUCCUGCAGGUGCACCCCUUCUCCAUGGACUUCACGCCCGAGGAGCGCCAGACCAUCCUGGAAGCCUACGAGGAGGCGGCGCUGCGCUGCUAUGGCCACGAGGGCUUCGGGCCGCCGGCCCCGGCGCCUCGCGACGGCGGGGCGGACCUCAAGCCGGGCGCUGUGUGCCGGGCGUAGGGGGACACAGGGUAGCCCAGCCCUCCCGGCUGAGAGACCCUCGCGCCAGAUGCGAGCACUUCCGCCUCCACGGCCUGGACCACUGCCGCGCGCCUCCCCAGCCCCCCGCUGGCCGGGCAGGGCGCUAGAUGCGGGGCGCCCCCAGGCCCAUCCCUGCGCUGCGCAUACGCCCUCUCCCCUGGGCCCUGGAGCCCCUCCCCCUGUGUCCCCUCCACCUCGAGAAGCCUAAGCGGCCUCCCAGUGUUAGCAUGGAGCGCUUUCCAGCCUCUGCCCGCCCCCAGGCGCUCCCGCGAGGACCGACCCGGGUGCGGGCGCCAAGUGUCAGUGUUAAGGCCGGAGGAGAGGGUGCAGGGAGGGUGGGAGGACUCCCCGGCUCCUUAGCCUGGCCGGGGGCCCAGCUCCCUGCAUGCAGCCUUGCACGCCUGCAGCUGGGCUGGCCCCGGAGCUGGUCUGGAUGCGCUGGCCUCAUUGGUAUUCCGGCCUCUCGGAGGCCCCGGCUGCGGAAGGGGGCUUGCGGCGGGAGGCGGAGCCGCGGGCUCCGGAGCGCUGGGGCGGCGCCUAGGGCCCCGGCGGGCUGGGCGGGCACCGCGCCCAGGCUCCACCCGCAGCCCGCAGCGCCCAGCCCUACAGGUCGCGCGGAGAGAUUAGCACUUUUUUUCCUUUGCUCCUCUCCUGCCCGGAGGGCUCCCGUUCACCGCUAAGCGCAGAGCUGGACGCUCCUGCCCCAGUGCCCGAGUCCAGGACCACUGGCUUUGCAACCCCGCCGGGUCCUUUCAAGUGGCCCUCUGCGCGGGUGGUGGACGCGUCGCCCGCUCUCAGCCCCCAGGCCUGGGGCCGGGUCUCCGCCAGGCCCGCCAUCUCCCAGGCAGGUCCGAGAGGGAUGCGCAGAUUCUCCCGUGGAGAACUGGCGGCCCCGCCUUUAGGCCUUUUUUUUUUUUUUCUUUGUAUUUUAUUUUGAAACUGUAUUUAAUGCUUUUAUAUGAAAAGGGGGAGGGACAGAGAGCUGACCCAAUCUCCCUGAUGUGCAAAUGUCUUAUUUAUUAUGCGUGUAUCAGAGAUAAGCUGUGAGUUGGAGAAGGAAGUCCGGCAUGGGAAGGGUCUGGACCUUUCCUGCCUGCCCCUGGGCCCCAGCGAGGCAGCUGCAGGGACAGUGGGGGCAGGAGGCCAGCAGAUGGGGCUGGAGGGUGGGACACGGGCAGCGACUGCCGGCCAGCCUGUGUAGGUGGGAAAGCAGACGGUGAGGAGCAAGGCCCCCUUUCCCAACCUCCCCUGCCCUCCCGGGCCAGAGCCCAAGGUUCAAGUGCCUCAGGCCCAGUCCCCUUGACUCUUCCUGGUUGGGAGUUGGAUUUUAUACACGAAUUUUAUAGCAUUUUUAUAUAACUCGAAAUAAGAGUCGGAAGGGACCCUGGAGAACACUAGCACCCCUCCCCCGCCCCCACCCUGCCUGCAGAAAGGUGAAAUGAAGCUCAGAGGAACAGGUGCCCAGGGCCAGGUGGGAGCAGUAGAGGACUAAAAGGAAAGCUCUCCAUCACUCGCGGUUAGGGGCUGUGGCACCACACCGUCCCAUCCCUCACUGGCAAGGUACUGAGAAAAAGGCUGCUUGGUCCAACCUAAGGCUGCUGCAUGCCGGGCACGGGCCGGUCAGUGCAGCGGUGGUUCCUGGGGCCGUCACAGGGCGGUGCCCUUCCUGGAGCGAGCAGGCUGAGCUCCAGCAGCCCUGGGUGCCGCCUGGCGCAGCCCUCCCCACCACGGCCUGCCCAGCAAGAUCCUGGUCGGCCUUCUGGGUUCUUUGUGGAUGAGGCCGCCAGGAAUUCAAGGAAGGUAGCAGGUGAACUUGGAGUUGACAGAGUUCCCUGCAGAUGUGGGCCUCUGGGUUUCUGAGACAGUAUUAAUGGUGAUGAGGGGCACUGCCAUUCCCUCCCUCACCCCCCUUCCUUCAUUGCAUUAUUUUCAGACCCAAAAGGAGUGUUACUUUUUCCUGCUCUCCAUUCAAAAAUAGUAGGCAAAACGGCCAACCGAUUAUAGUGCCCGGGCCCACUGCCAAAGUUCAGGUAAGCCUGGGAGAGCAGGUUAGGGCUGGCUGACCCCUGGAUAGACAGGGGUGGGUGUCUUUGGAGACAGCCCCCUCCCUGCAGCGCCUGGCACAAAGCUCCCCAGGUCAGCAGCAGCUUUUUAGGGACUUGUAGGAAAUGCCAGUCCCUGGUGCCCACCCCAGGUUUGCACAGUGAGAAGCUGGGGUGGAGCCUGGCCAUCCAUUGCCAUAAGCCCUCUCUGGGAGUCUGUUGGAGCUGAAGUUCUGGACACGUGAUAGGGA